AUGGACUACGAAAAACAACAACGCCCUCAGUAUGCCAAGGGCCCAAGCUAUGGCGAAACUGAAACCUACCAUUCCACAUCUCAGGAAAGUUAUAAUUCCCCAACUCCAGCACCAACUCCUCAAGGCGCCUUCGCCCGCUUCAUUGAUUCGUUCAAACCAAUGGACUUAGAAGAAGAAGGCUAUGAUCCAAGUGAAUUAAAUCUUACGCAAAGAACAGUCAUUGCGACCUCCAAGCAUCCAUUAGCACAGAAAUUAAAAGCAAGACAUUUACAAAUGAUUGCUAUUGGUGGGUCUAUAGGUACUGGUCUAUUUGUUGGUUCUGGGUGGGCCUUAUAUGCUGGAGGACCUGGAUUUUUGCUUCUUGGGUAUUUGAUAAUUGGGUAUUGUUUAUUAUGUGUCAUGUAUGCUUUGGGUGAAUUAUCUGUCCAGUUCCCAGUUUCCGGAUCUUUUAAUGCAUUCUUUUCUAGGUUUGUUGAUCCUAGUUGGGGUUUUACUUUGGGUAUAAUGUAUGCUUGUUCUUGGAUUGUGUCAUAUCCUUCGGAAUUAAUUGCUGCAUCGAUGACUAUUGGCUAUUGGAAUAAACUGAUAAAUCCUGCUCUUUGGGUUGCGAUCUUUUAUGUGUUCAUCGCUAGUGUCAAUUUAUUUGGUGUCAAGGGUUAUGGCGAAGUUGAAUUUGUAUUAUCUAUUGUUAAGAUUAUUGCUGUUUUUGGAUUUAUCAUUUGUGGUAUUUGUGUGAUUGCUGGUGCUGGAGAUGGCGGUUAUAUAGGUGGAAAGUAUUGGCAUAAUCCAGGUGCUUUCAACAAUGGUUUAAAAGGUCUUUGUACUGUUUUUAUUACAUCUGCUUUUAGUUUUGGUGGUAUUGAAUUGGUAGCUUUAGCUGCUGCUGAAUCAGUCAAUCCAAGAAAGGCAUUACCUAAAGCUACUAAGCAAGUUUUCUGGAGAAUCUUUCUUUUCUAUAUUUUAACUGCAAUUGUCAUUGGUAGUUUAGUUCCAUACACAAAUCCUGAUUUACUUAGUGGUGAUGGACCAACAGCAUCACCAUUUGUUAUUGCUCUUUAUGAAGCAGGUAUUAAAGUUGCGCCCAGUAUUAUGAACGGAACCAUUCUUGCAGCUGUUGUGUCAGUUGGUAAUUCUUCGGUCUAUGGGUCUCUGAGAACAUUGUGUUCUUUAGCAGCACAAGGGUUAUUGCCUAAAAUUGUAGCCUAUGUUGACAAACGUGGGAGACCACUCGUUGCUAUCAUGAUUUCAAAUGCAGUUGGAUUAUUAGGAUUUUUGGUUGUUAAUGAAAAUCAAGGGGAAGUCUUUACUUGGUUUUAUUCUGUAUGUUCAUUAUCUGCUUUCUUUACUUGGGGAUUCAUCUGUUUCACCCAUAUUAGAUGGAGGCUGGCUCUUAACGCACAAGGUAGAACUUUAGAUGAAGUUGCCUUUGUUUCUCCAUUCGGUAUUGUUGGCUCCUAUAGUGGUAUGUUAAUUUUGGCAUUUGUAAUAGGAGGUGAGAUUUGGACGGCAAUUUAUCCAAUUGGAUCAGAUACACCCCAAAUUGUUACAUUCUUUCAAUAUUGUCUUUCUUUACCAUUGUUGCUUAUUAUUUUUGCCAUUCAUAAAACUGUGUGUGGUUGGAGAUCAUUUAUGGUAAGUUUGGAAGAUAUUGAUUUGGAUACUGGGAGAAGAGAUGUUGAUAUUCAACAACUUAGAUUUGAAAUUGCUGAGGAGAAGCGACUUUUGCAAGAAAGGUCAAUCUUUUAUAGAAUUUACAACUUCUUUUGUUAA